AUGGAAGAACAGACCCAGCAUAGCAUUCCCUUCACUAAGUUCAUACACCAUUCAGCACGCGGAUUCCAAACUUGGCAAGAGCUUUGCAAACACAUCCGAAGACAGGUUCUCCAAGCACAAUCUUCAACUGAAAUUGCCUACACUUCGGUUUCCCCCGACUGGGGUCCAGUGAUUGUCGACUCGCUGGACGAGGACGGCGACGUCGAACGCUUGAACGCCGCCCUCAACUACAACUCUGUUACACAGACCUUGCUAGCCAAAGUUGUAUAUACCCGUCUCUUUGCAUGUCAUUUUAACUGGAUGCUUAUCCAGGAACACGACUGGCUCAGGCAAAAUUUUGUCAGGGAUGGUCACCUCGAUCUUCUCAUAGUAUCGGCAAACGCUACGUAUGGGCGAUUCGAGGCCCCGUAUUCGGGUUCGAGGAAGGUACCCACCUUCUGCAUGAUCCCAGACAAUCGAUACCACCCCUCAUUGGUAAUCGAAUGCGGAGAUUCCGAGUCCAGAGAGCGACUCCUAGAAGAUAUGAGACUAUGGCUUAUCGGUGCCCGUCCAUUUGUCAAGGUCGUUGUGAUAAUUAUGUAUGCUCGCACAGGCAACACCAAUCAAGUGGAAGGCAGAGCUGAACUCUACGUUCGAGACGCAAAUGGCUACCCAAUCCUCCAGCAAGAAGCAACCAUCUUUCCUGCGACCCAGUCUGAGUGCUCACUUGGGAUCACUGCUGGAGAUCUCUUCGGCCCGGUGCUCCCCCAAGGUCUGCAAGCCGACACAGUUCUCCCCUUGAGCAUCGAUAACCUUCGAAAGGAGGCUCGUGAUGCAAUGGUGCACAUGGACUUGGCCCCUGCCACUUAG